AGCCGCGUCCCAUCAGAAGGGCCCGGGAUUCCCCGCGUGGAGCGCUGCCGGGGCGGGGACGCGGCCUUGUCCUGCCCCGCCGCGCUCAGGCCCUUGCGCUGCACCCUCUGGCUCCGUCCGUUUUCCACCCCCCCCAGCCUGGCAGCGAUGUCCAGGGUGGAGGAGGAUCCGACGACCUGCCCUGGGGUGAGGGGGGUGUUAAGGCCUCCGCAGCACGUUUAACUCUCCGUGUCUCUGCCCUCCUCAGCGAUGGAAACGAACAACCAUUUUGGCUUCGCCGGCCUGCCCUCCGCCCCCACUGCCUCAGGACUGAAACCCACGCCCGCCUCAGGGGACAGCCUCUACGCCAAUGGCGCGCCCACCGCCUUCCCGCUGCCAGGGAAAGGUCUGAACGGGGACAUGAAUGUCAAUGGCUUAUCUACUGUAUCUCACACUAGUACUUCAGGGACCUUCAACUCGCCCACCCACUCCCCGGCCGCCCCCCCCCUGCACCCCUGCGACUAUCUCUGGAACUACUCGCAGUACCCGGCAUCUGGCGCCGGCGGCCUCAAGGACGGCCCCGGCCUUGGGCAGUACCCACUCAACGGACUGCUGAGUGGCGGGCGGCCCCCGUCACCCGGGCACAGCCCGGCCCUGCGGGGGGGAGCCGAGUUCUGGGGCAACGGGACACCCGGCUCCAUGGGGCUGAACUUCGACUCUCAAGAGCUGUACGACUCCUUCCCCGACCAGAGCUUUGAGCUCCUGCCCAACGGCCCGGGCAGCUUCUACACGGCCUCCCAGCCCUCCCCCAUGCUGGGCACCAGUGGCCAGGCCUUCUCGCCGCCCCACUGCCCGCAGGAUGAUCCCGACGCUGGCGCAGAGCGGGCACCAGCCGGGGGCAAGGACACACCGCCCGCUGUCUCGGAGAAUGGGGCCGGCCUGGUGGGGAGCCUGGAGCUGGAGGACACACAGGCAGACCUGAAGAUGUGCGGCUACAAUGGCUCAGCCCCGUCCAUGGAGCCGCUCAGCCGGGACGCCUCGCACUGGGAGCUUGGAUCUUCCCUCCCUCCACUCUUUGCCAGCUCCUGGGCUUGGUGUGCGCCCCAUAGCAAGGGCUUGACGUUGUGGUUCUGGCUCCCUCCCGCAGACCCAGGCACGGGCGACCUGUAUGAGAUGGACUCCUCGCAGCUGGUGAGCGACAAGUCCCCGCUGGAGGAGCCGCCUGACAUCUCAGCCCUGACGCCUGCUGGCUCCUUUGCGCUGCUGGCGGACGACAGCCAGGCCUCGUCCUCCUCGCUCUUCGCCAGCCCCCGCUCCCCACCUGUCCUGGGGGAGUCUGUCCUGCAAGACAGCAGCUUGGACUUGAACCACAGCAGCGACCCUGGCCCAGAGGAGCCGGAGCCCCUGGAGCUCGACCCCCCACUGGCACCUGAGUCCCCAGCUCGGUCCCCCUCCCCCGAGGAGGAGGAAGAGGAGGAUGAAGAAGCAGGUGAUGAGGGCUGCCCAGAGGUGUCUGCUGUCCCUGAAGCAGACGGUGAGGAGGCCGCACCGCUCAGCACAUCAAUCAGCGGUAAGCACCGGGGCCCCCAGCACAGCCCACCCCCCCGGACCAUGGUAACUAGCACAUGUCCUCUCCCAGCAGCCGAGACCCCGCGCCGCCGCAUUGCAACGGAGGAGGAGGUGCGCUUCCCUCUGCAGCAUGGGUGGCGCCGGGAGGUGCGCAUCAAGAAGGGCAACCACCGCUGGCAGGGAGAGACCUGGUACUACGGACCCUGUGGCAAACGCAUGAAGCAGUUCCCUGAGGUCAUCAAGUACCUGAGCCGCAACGCAGCGCUGGCUGUACGGCGCGAGCAUUUCAGCUUCAGCCCUCGCAUGCCUGUCGGAGACUUCUAUGAGGAGCGUGACAUGCCCGAGGGCCUGCAGUGGGUGCGGCUGACCCCGGACGAGAUCCCCGCCCGCAUCCAGGCCAUCACGGGCAAGCGUGGGCGCCCCCGCAAUGCCGAGAAGGCCCAGCCCAAGGACCCUCCACCCACCAAGCGAGGCAGGGGCCGCCCCCCCAAGCUCUGUAUGCUCGACCUGCUCAGCAAGACGGACGCCCGGCUGCUCCGCCGGCUGGAAGCCCAAGAGGUACUCAGUGAUGAGGACAAGCUGAAGAUGAGCAAGAUCAAGAAAAAGAUGAGGCGGAAGGCGAAGAACAAGCAGAAGCAGGAGGCCAAAGCACCCAAAGCCAAGGAGGCCAAGAAGAAGGGCAAGGCUAAGGAGAAGCGGGGCAAGGCGGAGAAGGCCAAGGAAAAGCCACGGGCCAAGGACAAGAAGGGCAAGGGGGGGCGCAAAGCCGACAAGGUGCUGCUGGCUCAGCGUCGGGCAGAGGAGCGGCGCCGCCACCAGAGCAUCCUGGAGGAGAUGAAGAAGCCCACGGAGGAUAUGUGCCUGGGGGAUCAUCAGCCCCUGCCCACCUUCUCCCGCAUCCCCGGCCUGGUGCUGCCGAGCACUGCCUUCUCAGCCUGCCUGGCCACCGUGGAGUUCCUGCACAGCUACGGCAAAGUGCUCGGCUUCGACGUGCCCCGCGACGUGCCCAGCCUGAGCGCCCUGCAGGAUGGGCUGCUGGGGCUGGGCCAGGGGCCUGGCCAGCUGCAGGACCUGCUGGUGCGGCUGCUGCAGGCUGCGCUCUACGACCCCGGCCUGCCUGCCUACUGCCAGUCUCUGAAGAUCCUGGGGGAGAAGGUGUCCGAGAUCAGCCUGACACGGGACACAGUCUCUGAGAUCCUGCGAUGCUUCCUGGCGGCGCACGGGGCGGGGGCGGAGCUGUGCGCGGGGCUGCACACGCAGCCCUUCCAGGCGCUGCCUCCUGAGCACAAGGCGGCCGUCCUGGCCUUCCUCAUCAACGAGCUCAACAGCAGUGCCCUCAUCAUCAACGAGAUCGACAAGACGCUGGAGAGCAUGUCCAACUAUCGCAAGAACAAAUGGAUCAUCGAGGGCAAGCUGCGCAGGCUGAAGCUGGCCCUGGCCAGGAAGACUGGGCACGUUGAGGGUGAGCUGCCAAAUCCAGAUGAGGGGCGGCGCCGGCGCAGCUCCCGCCUCACAGAGGAGAACAGCGGCCUGGAGCCGGAGGAGGAAGAUGAGACCCGGGGCCACAAGUCCCGCAAGGAGGAGGAGGCUGAGGCGUCUGCGUCCAGCAUCCCCGAGCUGGAGCGGCAGAUCGAGAAGCUCACCAAGAGGCAGAUGUUCUUCCGGAAGAAACUGCUGCAGGCAUCGCAGACACUGCGUGCAGCCUCGCUGGGCCAGGACCGGUACCAGCGCCAGUACUGGGUGCUGCCCCACCUGGGCGGCAUCUUCGUGGAGGGCACUGCAGGCGCCGCAGCCAUGGACGAUGCUCCAAAGCCAGAGCUGCCGUCAGACGAGGCACCCCUGCCCCCCGCGGUGAAGCCGGAGCCCGCAGAGACGCCAGUCAGCGGCCGACCCAGCUGUGCAGCGGCGCGGGCGCGGGGCCGGCCCCGCAAGAGCCGGGAGGAGCCGGUGGGACCCCCCCCUCAGCCUCCCCCCAACGGGCUGCUGGAGGAGCCGGGGCCGGGGCUGGGGCUGGGCCAGCACGAUCUCACACAGUCGGCCUUCCUGUCCUGGCUGAGCCAGACGCAGGCCGCCCUGCUGCACAGUGCCGUGCUCACCCCUGAGAGCAGCCCCGGGGCAGGGGGUGCAGGCCCCCCCCCUGCCCCAUCCCCUGGGCCCGAGGACAGCACCGCCGACAAACCAGGGGGGCCUUGGCUCAACCUGCUGCCCCGCAUGCCCUGUGCCGACACCACGGGCUCUAUCACUACCUCCCCUCCGGACCAGCCCACAGCCCUGGGCAUGCAGCCCCCACCACCAGGUGUUCCUCCCACGCCCCCCGCAGAGAUGCAGAGUGGCUGGUGGUGGCUGCGGGAGCCCGAGGAGCUGGAGGCAGUGGCACGGGCCCUGCACCCCCGCGGCAUCCGCGAGAAGGUGCUGCACAAGCACUUGGCCAAGCACAAGGACUUCCUGCGUGAGGUCUGCCAGCGCCCCCCCACUGACCCCAUCUUCCAGGCAGGCACAAGCCCUGCGGCCCCCGCAGGCUGGUCAGCAAUGGAGCAGGCUUUUGAGGUGGACCUGGCCGUGCUGCGGGGGGUGGAGGAGCUGGAGCAGCGGGUGCUACAGGCCGACCUGCAGAUCCGGGGCUGGAUGUGCCCGAGCCCGGACUCUGUGCGGGGCGACCUGCAGUACUGCGAGCACAAGGCGGAGGCGCUGGAGGAGCUGGGGGGCCGGGGCCGGCGGGAGGGACCGGUGCCGCGGCGCGAGGCCUCCAACCCACUGGACCUGGCUGUGCUGCGCCUCGGCGCCCUGGAGCAGAACGUGGAGCGGCGCUACCUGAAGGAGCCGCUCUGGGCCCCCCACGACGUGGUGCUGGAGAAGGCGCUGCUCACUGGGCCCCUAGGCUCUGACCUGGGCGGCACCGAAAUCGCGUACGAGAUCACGCCCCGCAUGCGGACGUGGCGCCAGACACUGGAGCGGUGCCGGAGCGCGGCCCAGGUUUCGCUCUGCAUCUGCCAGCUGGAGAAGUCCAUAGCCUGGGAGAAGUCCGUCAACAAAGUGACCUGCCUCGUUUGCCGGCGGGGGGAUGAUGACGAGCACCUGCUGCUGUGCGAUGGCUGCGACCGCGGCUGCCACCUCUACUGCCACCAGCCCAAGAUGGCAGCUGUGCCCGAGGGCGACUGGUUCUGCUCCAUCUGCUUGGCCCAGGCCUCGGGUGAAUACCCACCGGAGCCCGGCUCCCCGCGGCGGGGCAAGAAGCGGAAACGGGGGCGACUCUUUGGGGGGGGCUUCGCAGAGGAGGAUGAGAGCCCCCGGCGCCGAGCAGGGCCACGCCACGACUCCCCGGCCGUGCCCCGCUACUCCGGAGAGGGGCUGUCGCCUGCCAAGCGGAGGAGAGUGUCUCCACGGGGCCAGAGCAGCGACCUGACCUUCUGCGAGAUCAUCCUGAUGGAGAUGGAGUCCCACGAGGACGCCUGGCCCUUCCUGGAGCCCGUCAACCCCCGCCUGGUGCCCGGCUACCGCAAGAUCAUCAAGAACCCCAUGGACUUUGCCACCAUGCGCACGCGGCUGCUUCGAGGCGGGUACAUGAGCUCGGAGGAGUUCUUGGCCGACGCACUGCUGGUGUUCGACAACUGCCAGACUUUCAACGAGGACGAGUCGGAGGUGGGCCGCGCCGGGCGCGCCAUGCGCCGCUUCUUCGAGAGCCGCUGGGAGGAGUUUUAUCAGGGAAAGCAGCUGGCUCCUGCCCUGUGAGGCUCCGCCGGGCCAGGGGUUUUGGGGGAACGCCCCUUGGCCCAGCCGCCCCUCACGCCCUC